CACCGGUAAGACGCUGCAUUUGCUACAAGACACACAACUUUUGGGUUUUUUGUACUGAGCUGUAUUUUACGGCAUAGACAUCGUUUCUCUCGAUAAUCCGCAGGAGCCCAAUAAUGAGGCCAAACAGUCAAGCUCUCAAACAAAGAUCCUUACAUGAAACAGAGAGAGAAUUUGGAGGAACUCUGGGUGCUGUAUGCAUACCCGUCCUUCUCCCGCUGACGGUGCUGUUCCUGAUCAGUGUGAGUCGAUCCCCUGAGGCCAGUUUGCUCCAGUGGCCCCCGGUCCUUCCCUCCACCCACCAGCUAUGGGACCCUGUGGCCCUCGUUCUCCUGCUGGGCUGGAUUGCUCUGCAUGCCCUCCUCUACGCGAUGCCGUUAGGAAAGGUGUCUGAAGGAUUAACGCUGAGGGAUGGAACACGCCUCAAGUAUCCCAUAAAUGGUUUUCUUGGCCUGUGCGUCAGCGGCGUGUUGCUGAUAUUGUUGCUGGAGCUCGGGGCUCCGCUGGGGUCUCUGUUUGAGCUGCUGUUGCCUCUAGCAGUGUGUGCGAUAGCGCUGUCGUUCCUCUUCUCCAUCUACCUCUACAUCCGCUCCUUUUGGGCUCCGUCUCAUGCUCUUGCUUUGGGGGGAAACACAGGAAAUCCCCUCUAUGACUUCUUCAUCGGACGGGAGCUGAACCCCCGGAUCGGAAACUUCGACUUUAAGUAUUUCUGCGAGCUCAGACCGGGUCUGAUUGGCUGGGUGGUCCUUAACCUUGGCAUGUUGAUGAAGGAGGUGGAGCUCCGCGGUUCCCCCUCGCUCGCCAUGAUGCUGGUCAACAGUUUCCAGCUGCUGUACGUGGCAGAUGCUCUGUGGAAUGAGGAGGCUGUUCUGACAACCAUGGACAUUGUGCAUGAUGGCUUUGGCUUCAUGUUGGUCUUCGGCGACCUGGCCUGGGUUCCCUUCACAUACGGCCUGCAGGCCUCCUUCCUUGUUGAGCACCCGCAGACCCUAAGUCCCCUCGGAUCACUAACCAUUAUAGCACUCAAUGGUAUUGGAUAUUAUAUUUUCAGAAAAUCCAACUCACAGAAGAACCAGUUCAGACGAGACCCUACACACCCGAGUGUUGCAAGACUGGAGACCAUCGCCACAGCAACGGGGAAACGUCUGCUGGUGUCUGGCUGGUGGGGGCUCGUCCGACAUCCCAAUUACCUGGGAGACCUCCUCAUGGCUCUGGCGUGGUCCCUGCCAUGUGGAUUCUCCCAUCUUCUGCCUUACUUCUAUGUGAUAUAUUUCACUGUGUUGCUGAUUCACCGAGAGGACCGUGAUGAGAGACAGUGCAGAGCCAAAUACGGACUGGCUUGGGACACCUACUGUCGACGUGUCCCCUACAGGAUCUUCCCUUAUAUCUACUGAACAGGAAAGCAGACGUGGGGAAACGGGACCAAAACUGCCCAUCACACAUUCAGCAAUAACUUGCAAUGAAGAUUCCUUUUCAGUUGUACAGACCACAAAAUAUGACCUAGUUCAGUUACUGGGCCCGUGCAGGGAUUUCAUAAUAUCAAUAAUGACUUUGCUUUUAAACCUCAGAGGAAUCUAAUAUUUGUAUAUCAGCCUGCGUUCACUCGACUUUGGUUUAGCUGUUGUACGUCUGAAGACAUUGUCAUGGUCUUGUGGGUAUGUUCACCCCAAAGAAAUGUGAUAACUUUGAGAAAAUCUUGAAUCUAGAAAAUGUAAUUCCAGAAAAAGAAAAAUGCAUUUCCCCUGUACACUCUAGAACCUAUUUUAAUGGAAAAGAAUGGGUCACAGAAUAUUAUCAUGGCCGUUUGUUUGUUUGUUCUUUUUUUUUUACUAUCUCAUUUUUCUGUGUAUGAUGGAAAUACUUUUAAAAUGAAGAAAUAAAAUAAAUAAACAAACACUUGAUCAUGUAUUGUAAUCGCCCUUAUUAGAAUCUCAGCAUUGUGGGAAACACAAUCGUAUUGUGUUAAUAUGGAUCUCAAAAAGCUUGUAUAUGAAGAGCAGGAUCAAUGUCCUUUCAAAACUGUGAAGAAAAUCCGAUAGCUGUGUAAGUUUAUAACGACGUCUUCCAACUGUCACCAUCAGCCUCUUUGUAUGUAUUCUCUUUGCAGGAUUACGGUCUUAAUAGCAGACGUCCCACCAGCUUCUAGGCCUUUUCUCAGUCUUGAUGACUACGAAGGAACAAAUAGUUUAUGGGCUGCAUUAGAACAGCUAAUAGCCCCAAUCGUCAUUCAAACCUUCCUCCAGAGAAGGUUGAUUCACUCUGUGCCAGGUGGUUGGAUUGUUAACGGACCUGCAGUCAGGAACGUUUUUUUAAUAGGCGCUUACUAAGGUUGGUUAUUACGGCCGUUAAAUUGGUUCACAUGGCAUUUCAAAAACAAGGCAAGGUUGGAAAACAAGUCUGUUUCUCCCUUUUAACAUAUUUAUUUAUAAUGUUAACAGCCAGUCUAAAAUCAAAGUGGGCCUUUUAAAAAAUAUAUAAAUCCCUGAGCAUUUACACUGCAGAUGAUAUUGCUGUCACAUCGCAGCGAGGUUUGCCCACACAGAUGACAGAGCUCCCCGCUGAUGUGCACCUUCAUUUUCACCUUUUAAGCCCAUUUACAGUACAGUUGGCCCCUGAUCUUGCCCACGUAGCACUUGAGCUAUUUUUUGUUGUGUUUCAUACCCUUAGUGCUAAUUAGGAAUGGCUUGUCAACAUUGUGGUUGCCUUCGUGCUGAAUUAAUACAUAAUAUUGUUACAUUUUAUGUACAUAUGUAUUUUUCUGAUUCGGUUUUUGUUUUGUCAUUUUAACACGUUAUACUUCUGUUAGAAAACAACAUAAUGUAAUAUUAUUGAUAGUCUCAUUUGAUAGUUAAUUAUUUGAAUGUUGAAUAGUUUUAUACUAAAUGCAUGUGUGAAUAUGAUUCUAUAUUAUGUGACAGUUUGUGGUACAUGGCGGGUUAUCAUGAUAGAUCAUUUCUCAUCACUGUUGUUGUUGCACCCCAAUUCAAAUUAAAGAUUUACUUUGCAUAA